AUGUCUGACCGGAUCUUCUAUAUUCACUCUAAUUUGUCCUCUGUCCCCUGGGAAGGCAGUGCAGCAGCAGCAGUGGCUCCCACUUAUCUUCCUACACCUGGUCACUACCAUGUCCUCUACCGAGGGUGUGGAGAAACCCAGGUAGGCUGGCAUGGGGAGACAUACUGCCUGGUUGGCGGCUACCGGGCCUAUGGGGAUGCACCUGUGGCCACCCCAGCAAAGGUGGAAGCAGAGACGCCAACCCCCAGGAGGGCUCCCAAGAGACGCCGGCCUCUGGCAGAAUCAGACGAAAACCCAGGCUGCUCUAGCCCCAAAAUUCGGCGCUUGCAGCAUGAUGGCAGGAGGCUGACCCCCCAGAAGCUCGCUGGCUGA